AUUAAAAGGUGUGACAUGCGUUUCAGGAUGAUGGAGAAGAAGGUUGUAGUAUUGGCAGUGUGGGUGAUGGUAAAAGUGUUGGAUGUUAACACACUUACUCCGGCCUCAGCAGUGUUAGCAUGUGGACCAGGGGAGGACACCAAUGCCAGAUGCAUUCUGAAGAAGACCCAGUGCUCACCCAUCACCAGGAUCAUCUCAGGCCCUCAGGGACCAGUUGACACCCUCAUCAGUUGUGCUAACCAAACUGGAGUUUUUCUCGACCCUGUCUUCUUCAUGAGCAUCGGUCUGGCUUUCUUGCAGGGCAACCCUGAGUCACUGACCGAUCAGGUGUCUCCCGACUCAGCAACCUCCUCUGGCAUACGUCGCUGUAUACUCAACGCUACCGGUCUUGCUAACCCGGAUAUGACCUUGAACCGGACCGCAGUGGCAGUCAACUUGUCAAUGGGCUUUCCAUCAUCAUCUACUCUGGGUGCUGCUGUGGCCGCUGCCGCCGUAACCUGCCCCGAGCCUGUGGACUACAGGCUGACAGACUUUAUAAGCUGCCUUAAAAUGGCCUGCAUGAACAGCGUGGUAAAUAACCCCUUAAUGAGCGAGGAGACCUCCCUGGUGGAUACUGCUGCUGCUUCUUCAACCACCCAGGAUCCCUUACAGCUCGAGAUUGCCCUGGGAUACCCUGGGGCUCCAUGAAUUAUGAUUAGACCUACUGUUUUUGGUCUCAACUUGGACAUUCCUUAAAUGUAAUCCUGUAUGCUUACUUAUUACCUCUUCAAAUAUACAGAUCUUUCUUUACAAAGAAU